CUCGGACGCGGUUAUAAAAUAUUUAAGGGCGACACCAGGAUCCCGGAGCCGGGCCGCGAUGAGCUUGGAGUCCUUGUUCCAGCACAUCCUCUCCUCCGAGCACCUGGCCCAGGAGAGCCGCCGCCGGAUGCGGGAAGUCCGGGCGGAAGUGAGCAGAUGCCGGGACCACAUGAGGAAAGCGACCGAGGAGCUGAACGAGGAGAAAAUCAAGUUGGAAUCUAAGGUUCAGCAGUUUUGUGAAAAAUCCUCCCUCUUACAGCUUUUGAAAACUCAUGAAAAUGCCUUAGAAAGACAGUGCAGUGAAAUUAUAAACCAAAGGAGUAUGCUUCUCCAAACCUUUGAGGCUACUACGAAAAAAGUGAUAGAAGAGGAGGAAAAAUUUAUUAAGGAAAUUACAGACUUCAAUAAUGAAUAUGAAAUAACAAAGAAAAGAGAGCUUUUGAUGAAAGAAAAUGUCAAGAUUGAAAUAUCUGACUUAGAAAACCAGGCAAACAUUUUGAAAAAGGAAAUGCAGUCAAUGGAACAUGACAGUGGCCAGUUAAAAGAACUUCAAAAACAAAAGAGUGAAUUAAUGCAGGAACUAUUUACUCUGCAGAGAAACCUUAAAGUUUUUGAAGAGAAAAAGAAUGAAGCCAUUUGUACUACCAAAUACCUAGAGGCAGAAAAAAUAAAAAUCAGUGAAAAGCCUCAAAAUGAUGCUGAAUGCUUACGACUUAAAAAGGAAUUAGAACUUUAUAAGGAAGAUGACAUGCAAAGUGUUUACGAAGCUCUCCAAACAGAAAUAGAAUUUUUGGAGUUGACAUUGGCACAGAAAGAUCUUCAGGGAAAUAAAUAA